AUGUUUCUUAAUUUAAUAAAAGGUUUAGAAAAGAAUGAAGAUAAGGAAAAUGUUGUAAAUAUAAAUAUACAGAAAUUAUUAGGUGAUAAAACAUACGAGAAAAGAAAAAAGGGAGCACAGGAACUAGCCGAGUUAGUUAAAAUUAUAUUAUUAAAAGAAGAAAAUGAUGAAAAAAAACAUAUAGAUAAAUUACUAGAUGAACAUAAAAAUAAUGAAGAUGCUGGGGGUUUUAAUAUUACGAAAACGUUUUCUGAUAUGGAAGCUAACAAAAUUUCUAAUAAUCUUUUAAAAGCUGAUGAAGAUGAUGAAUUAAAUAAUAGUGAAUAUUAUUUUAAAACUUAUAAUGAUGAAAAAUUAAAAAAAAAAAAAAACAUUUUAGAUGACAUAGGAAUAGAUGAUGAUGAUGAUAAUAAUAAGGAAUAUACUAUAAUUGAUGAUGAGAAGGAGAGAAAAGCAAAUGAAGAAUAUGACAAUAAAAAUAAUAUUGAUGGGGAUAAAAAGAGUCAAGAUAAACUAUAUAUUAAAGGUACUAAGGAAUACGAAAAAAUAAACAAAUAUAAAAAAAAUAAAAGUGUGAGAAAUUCUAAUAUAAUUAUAGAUACAAACGAAAUAAAUAAUUCUCAUAUUUAUGGUCAUGGGCAAGAAGAUGGAAAAGAAUAUAAUGCUAAUGAUAAUCUUAAUAAAAACAACAAUGCUGCUACUGAUGAUGAUGAUGAUGAUGAUGAUGAUGAUGAUGAUGAAGAGAAUUAUGAAGAUGCAAAUAUGAAACGCUAUAAUGAUUCAGAUGAUAGUGUAGAUGAAAAGGAUAAAAAAAAAAAGAGAACAAAUUUAGAAAAUGAAAAAGAUAAUUUAUUAUAUCAACAUAUGAAUGAAGAAAAAUAUAUUUUAGGAUCAGAAAUAAUAAAAAAAUUAUUAUUAGAUAAGUGUAAAGAGAAUUGUGAUUUAGAUAUAGAACUAACGAAGCCUAUAGAUAAUAAUAGUAAUAAUAAUAAUUAUAUUCGUAAUAGAAAUAGUGUUUCAUCUAUAGAUAUAAAUAAAGAAAAAAGAAAAAAAACUUUAAAUAAUAUAUUAUAUGAUAAUGAUAUAUAUUUAGAUAAUUUUAAUAAAAAAUAUCAAAGUCAGAAGGUUAUAAAUAUUAUAAGUUUUUUAGAUAAUAAAUUUAUUCAAAGUGUAAGUAGUUCAGAAAGAUGUGGAGGUUUAAUAUCAUUGGCAUUUAUAUCUAUAAGUCUUGAUGAAAAAAUACAAUAUUAUUUUACUGAAAUUUUACGUAUUAUUAUAUCAUGUAUUAAUGAUGCAGAUUCUAAAGUUCGAUAUUAUGUCUGUGAAAGUUUAUAUAAUUUAUGUAAGGUAUCUAGGAAAUAUAUUUUUCAUAAUAUAGAAGAUAUAUUUGAUUGUCUUUAUAGAAUUUUUUCAGAUUCUUGUCCGAAUGUAAAAAGUGGAGGAAUAUAUUUAGAUAAUUUAAUAAAAGAUUUAGUUUGUUCUUAUAAUAAUAUUUUUUAUAUUUAUAAAAUUAUAUAUAUAUUAAAAGACAAAAUAUAUAUUGAAAAUACAAAUGUUCGUCAACUUAUUAUAUCUUGGUUGUUUUUUUUACAAAAUAUACCUACUAUAAAUAUAUUUGAAUAUUUCCAUUUUUUUAUUAAAGAUCUUUUCUUAAUGUUAUCUGAUGAAAAUAAAGAUAUUCAAAAACAAGCCAAUCAAUGUUUAGAUAUAUAUAUAGAUAAAAUAGUAACAUCGAAUUAUGAACAGUGUAGAACUUUUUUUAAGCAUAUAGCAUAUGUGAUUUUAGAAUUUUGUGGACACAAAAAUACUGUAAUUAAACAUAAAAGUUUAUUAUGGAUAUAUCAUUUUAUUAAUAUUCUAAAUAUUCAUUUUUAUAAUAUAUUUGAUUCAUCAACCAAAAAAAAUAACACAUUCUUAAUAGAAUUGUUGAAAAAAAUUAUAGCAUCUACAUCAGAUGUAUGUUUUGAUAUACAUUAUACAGCACGAAAAUGUAAUGAGUUGUUAAUAAGUUAUGUAAAAUUUACAUAUUUAGAAUCUGCUCCAUUAAUAACAAAAUUGGUUUGUUUAAUUAUCAAUACUAAAAUUGAUAAGAGUGAAUUAGUUGUUAGCGCAAAUAAGGAUAGUACAAAUUAUAAAAAUUAUCAGAAGAAAUAUUUCUCAAGAAGAAAAAAAUUACAUAAGGAUUUAAUGUAUGAUCGAGGAAACAAUUUGCCAGAUGGUGUAAUUCCUUCUCAGGGGUAUAAUAAUAAUGAGAUGACUGUUGAAGAAAAUAAUAAAAUGGCUGAUCAAGAAGAUAACAAGUUGAAUAAUCUUGUUAAACAACAUGAGAAUAUAUCUAACAAAGGACGAAACGAAAGUAGUAUUAUAAAAAAUAAAAAUGAUGAUGAUAAUGAAAAUGAUUAUUCUAUAUAUAAAGAUGAUGAAAGUUAUAUUACAAAUAUAGGAAAUGAAAGAAAGGUAAAAAAUUCUUUAUUUCAUAAUGAUGAAAAUGACGUAGAAGAAGAUUCGUUGUUAAAUGUAAAUUGUUUUAAUAAUGUUACAGCAGAAGAUGAAGAUUUUAUACAUAUGAAUGACACAGAUAAGAAAGAUAAUAGGAGAGAUCAAAAUGGAUCUUAUAAUAAAGCAAAUAAUAAAGAAAUUAUUAAUGCUAAUAAUAAAAAAAAAAAUGAUAAACAUAAAGACAAUAAAAAUGAUGAUAAUAAUAAUAAUAAUAAUAAUAAAAAUAAUAUUAAUGAUGUUAAAUAUAAUAAUGAUAAUAAUAGCCUCAAUAACAGCAAUGAUAAUGCUAGCGAGUCGUUAAGCUUUGAAUCAUAUAAUUUGUUUUAUAAAAAAGAGAAUUAUUCCUAUGAAGGACAAAAUAAACCUUUAAAUACACAAACAUCAAAAGAAGAAAAUUAUAAUUGUAAAAUUAUUUAUAAUCAUGAGAAGUUAAUAAACGAAUUAAAAGAAAAAAAACUAUUAAUGGGUGAUGUAAGUAAAGGUGAAGCAUAUUAUAUAAAUAAAAUUAUAAAAAAAAAAGGAAAUAAUAAUAAUAUUGAUGAUAAUGAAGAUGAUUAUUUUAAUGAUAAUGAUGAUGACGAUGAUGAUGAUGAUAAUAUAUUUUAUGAUAAUUUAGAAAAAAGGAAUAUAUAUCCAGUUAUUACAUGUUUACAAUGGUUAAUUGAAAUAUUAAUAUAUAAAAGUAAUGAAAUAAAAACAUAUUAUGAUGAAAUUAUUAUAUGUAUAUUUAAAUGUUUAAAAAAUGAUGAUAAUAAAGUAUUGUUAUUAUCACUAACUGUAUUAUCAGCUAUGUGUGGUACAGUUGAUAAUAAAUUUCAUUUUUAUGAAAAAAUAAGUUUAAAUUUAAUAAACAUAUUUAAAAAUGAUGAAAAUUUAUUAAUACAUAAAGGCAAAGUUAUAGUUCAACAUAUAUCUAGAUGUUUAAAUAAUAAAAAGUUUUAUGCAUAUUUAUGUUAUUUACUUAUAAAAGAAAAUAAUUUUACAUUUGUAAAUAAAUUUGUACAAGUUUUAAAUUGGGUUUUAUUAACAUCUGAUGAAACGAAAUAUUUAAGAAAUGUAUUAUUUCUUAAAAAAUAUUAUAAUAUAUUCUCACUUAUAUUAAUAGCAUGGUUUCAUAAUCCUUUAUCAGCUAUAUCUUUUUUAUUAUGGUUACAGAAAUAUGAACUAGCUUAUUAUAUAUCAUCAUAUUUAACUUUAUUGGAUGUUAAUUCAGAUUUCUUUCAUCAACUUGAUAAUUUCAUUUUCUUAUUUGAAUCACCAGUAUUUUCAAAACAAAGAAUUCAUUUAAUAUAUCCAAAGAAUUAUCCAUUUUUAAUUAAAUCCUUAAUGAUACUUUCUUUAAUGUUACCACUUAAUACAUCUAACAAUAUUUUACAAAAGAGAUUACAAAUAUCUCAAUUGUCUAUAUUAACAAGUAAUGAAAAAAUGCACACUUUUUUUGAUAUACAUAAUCAUAAUGGAUUAUAUCACAUUGAAGAUAAUUAUGAUAAUAAAGAAAUAGAUAAUAAAAUAAAUGAACAAGACAAAUUAAAAAAACGUGAAAGUUGUCAAUUAAAUAUAUAUGAAAAUACAGAGGAAUUUAUUCAAUUAUGUAAAAUGGGAAAUGAAGAACAAACAAAAGAAUAUAAUAUUUUAGAAAAAACAGAUACUGAAAAACAUAAUGAAGAAGAACUAUGGAAUAAUAGAUAUAAUUAUUUAUUAACUAACAUAAAAAGAAAAUUCUUAAAAGAUACUAUAACAAAUGAUAAUCAUAAUAAUAAUACUCAUAGAGUUUCAUAUAAAAAUGACGAAUGUAACGAAUUUGUUCAUAUAUUCAAAACGGUAUUAAAAACUCAUAAAAUAAUUAAAUAUUAUUCUUAA